CAUCUCCGUGCAGCAUUUCAAAGUAACCCUGAGUCCCCUGCUGACCCCAGGCUCUGUGCAGGCAUUUCUGCUUUGACAUGCACAAGAGCCACUGCUGAGGAUUCUUGUACAGUUCAAAGCUGCCCUCCCCUCCCCCUUUUGCUCUUGUGCAUUUCGAUGCAGAAGCGCCUGCACGCAAUCCGGAGUCAGCAGGACUUCCCGCUGGCCCUGGGCUGCACGCAGAGUUCCGAAUUCCCCCUUUGAAAUGUACAAGAGCCUCCACUGGGGAAUGCGGAAGUGCAGGGGCUCUUCUACAUUUCAAAGGAGGAAUGCGGAAGUGCCGAUCGACUACUCGACUAGUAAAUUAACCAGUAUUUAACAUCCUUACCCUCUUGUGUACUUUGGGAAGGGCCUCACUCCAGGAGUAUUGCCAUGAAACAGGAGAUUUGCAGAGUAUUGUGCUACUCAGCAAGAGGAAAGGUUCCUGCCUGGCACAUAGGGCUUUCUAUUUACUGGCAUCUGAAUCUGACCUUGAAUAUUUUACACUCUCCCCACAUGCCUAUUGCCGAUUUGUAAACUUUAGGCUUUAUUAACUGAAAAACAAUUAGGAGUCCUCUGGCGCCUUAAAGACUAACAGAUUUCUUUGGGCUGCUUAUGCCCACAUAAAUCUGUUGGUCUUCAAGGUGCUCACAGGAGGAGUUCUAGUUUUCACAGAUACAGAUGAACACAGUUGCCCCCUGAGACUUUAUUAACCACCACAUUCUUAGUGGGGGAUUUUAGCAAAGUUUGUGUGACAGCAGCCUUCAGUUAAUGUUCAGGGAGUGUGAUGAUCAAGCAAUACACAAUAACACCUGUUUUAUGUGACAAACUGUGACUCCAGAACAAAACCACUUUGUGUAGUAGAGGUUGGUCUUUAACAACAGAUUAAAAAUUGCACUGGAGACUUGGGCAUCCUUUCAAGUGGUUAUUUAAGACAGGAGUUUGCUUGACUGAGGUGGGAUCAUUAGCACAUGACACACUCUAGUAGUUACUUACAGUAAGUCUAGCAAGAAUUCUGGGGAUGAAAUGGGUGGCUGUGAAAGAGAAAGGAGUACUGUAUUCUCUUUGUGUGAUGCUUAUGCACUAAAGUCACUCUUGUGGUUUUUAUGUUUUGCUCUUAGAUCUUUGGAAUGGAGGAGGCUGAAGCAAUAGAUUUUUGUGCAUUAGAGAGAGAGCUGCAGGCUGCUGUUGCUGCUGAUGAAAAGUACCAAAGAGAAAAUGAUGCCAAGUUCCGAGCCGUUCACCAGAAGGUGGCAUCCUAUGAAGAGUUCAGGGAUAUUGUGCUAGCAUCACACCUGAAACCUCUAGAGAAAAAGGACAAAAUGGGAAAAAAGAAAAACCUGCUGUGGAAUUCCUAUGCUACCCAAGCUAAGUGCAAGCAGGAUGGAGAGAUGGAGCUAGCCCAGGGAUGGGACGGACUGCCCGAAACGUCAGCUGACUUUUACAGAUAUUGGCGCAGAUGCUUGAAAAGUGGGCAGGAAAGAUACCGGUUCCUGUGUCAGCUUGGCGGCGAGCCCCUGGGCAGAAUCUUUCAAGCUGAGGUUGGCUUUGGCCUCCUGGGUGAAUUUCUGGUGGUGCUGGCCGAGCACAUCUGCGGGGCAGACAGAGCCGCUGUCCUUCAGAUACUACAGGGCCUUUGUGGGACAAAGCGCUUUGGACUAAACGUGGCUCUCCUGAGCCAGGGGGAGAAGGAUAGCUGCAGGGACCUGUUUGGGAAACUGCAGCACAUGGGCAGGAUCCGGGGUGCUGAAGACCUUCCCGAGGGCCCAGCUGAAGCAGGUGCAGCUGCUUUGCAGGAAGAGAGGAACAAGGCUGAGAGAGAAACCCAUCUGAACGGGUCUGGCCAGCGCCAGAAGGUGGCCGACAGACUAAUUCAAGAGCUGGUAAAAUGUUAUUGUGUUAGCUGAAGGAGCACAGGCUCACCCUCCACCAGUGUUACCAGGAGGGACCCUUCCUGCACUGCUCUGUCAUUAAAGGUGGAGGGACCGAGAGCCCCCUUUCCACAGCAAGUUGUUGAUUGAGUUUU